UUAUUUAACUGUGGUUCAGCUGUCUGUUUCCUGUCACAUGUGGAUCAAAGUGACCGUCGAUUUCGACGCAGUUUACUGUUUUAGUCUCUCAUAAACAAUAAGCAAUAAAGUGUAGGGUCUGUUAACAGUUCAGUAAAAAUAGUGCACAUGCACAAGUUUAUAUCCCCAACACAGUACGAUGUUAUCAACUGGAGGUAGAAGCCUGUAAAGUUUAGAUCGGGGUGAAAAUUCACUAAUCAGCUCGAGGCUGGUGGGCGUGGCACAGCACAGGUGUGUGAUGGGAAUUGUCAAACAGGAAGUUGGGAAAGGCAGAGGGAAAUGCCAGAGAGGGGAAGACACCAUGAGAGGAGCGAUGCAUACGCCGAGCACAAGAGCAGGAACAGGGACCAUCCACACAGUGCAGACCGCACUUCAUAUGACACCAGAGGCCACAACCAAGAGCCAAGAGACCCGGGCGACAGAGGCCCUGCUGGUGACAGGAGGGCCAAACAAAACAGACAGAGGGACAUGACACCUGCUUACAGAGACAACGAUCAUGAAGGACCCUCAAGACUGUCCAGGGAGACUUCAGUGUAUCACUCUGAGGGGGAGUAUUAUGAGCGGCAACCGAAACAAGCGCUUUACAAUCUUAGAUACAUUUUAACCAGUAGAGGUCUGUGCCAGCUUGGGGAGCUGUUUGUGAAUCUCCUGCUUGUUAUUUGUGCUGGAGUGCCAUACAGCAACAAUGGAGGUUACCGUGAUCUGGCCAGCCUCGGUGGGAUCUACUAUUAUCACUUUGGGGGAGCGAAUGCCUUCGAGGGAGCCGAUGCAGACCGGGUGAAGGAGCUGGACCGGCUCUUCCAUCAGCUCAAGCGGCCUCCGUAUGUCUUCACCAUGGCCUGCGGAGGGGUUUUAAUGAUCUACGCCUGUGCCAUGCUCGCCCUGGGCGUCUUCAGAGUGCCUUACCGCUGGCCCCCUGUGCUGCUGGGGGAGGCUCUGCUGAAUUUCCUGAUCGGCCUGGGCUACAUCCCCGCGCUGGCCUUCUACUUUAUUAAGCUGCAGGAAACCUACAAUAAUCCCAUCUGUACAGAGAGAGAGGCAAUGUACAAGAGCAAAGGGCACAAGGGCUUUGAGUGCCAGAUCCACGGUGCAGAUAUCGCUGGAGGUCUCUUCGGGGUGUUGGGGGUGUUUGUUUUCAUCUUCGGUGCCGUGUUAGCUGUCAGAGCUUUCAGGACAGUGCGGGAGCUGAAGAGGCAAAGAGCAAACGAGGACAGCAAUUUAUAGGAUGGCUUUUCUCCUUGACACAUUGGAUUUGAGUAGAAAUCCCUGUGACAAGAACACAUUAGGUAUUUUUUGAUAUAAGGGGUUCUUGUGUAUUCACUCCUAUCAAACCUGUACAUUUUUUAAUCCACUUUUUAAGCUUUGAACAAGUUUUUAUAAUUUGCUUUUGUACAAUUUUAUAUCCCAGUUUAUAUACCUCUGCACUAUCUGUUACAUUCUUUAUAGAUACUUGUAGUUUAUAAUAAAUGACUCAACUGGUAUUAAUUUGUAA